AUGACACGAAUGGGUUUUAUCUUCCUGCUCCUGAGUAACGCCGCGUCAGUCUCCACACAGUUUAAUGGAUACAACUGCGAUGCCAACUACCACAGCAGGUUUCCAGGUGAAAGGGACAUCAGCGUGUACUGCGGGGUUCAGACCAUCACUUUGAAGAUCAACUUCUGUCCUGUUCUCUUCUCCGGCUACACCGACGCAGAUUUGGCCCUCAACGGCCAUCACAGCGAAGCCCAGUGUCGCGGCUUCAUCAACAACAACACUUUCCCCACAGCACUUCUGUUCAGCAUCAGCCUCAGCACUUUGGAGGCCUGCGGCAACAGUCUGGUGGUCAGCACAGCCUACGGGCCCACUGCCUAUGGGAACAUGUCUCUUGUACAAAUUGGGAAUAUAUCAGGCUACAUCGACACCCCUGACCCACCAACUAUAAUCAGCUAUCUGCCUGGUUUGUUGUAUAAAUUCAGUUGCAGCUACCCGCUGGAGUACCUGGUCAAUAACUCACAGCUGGCAUCAUCCUCUGCAGCUGUGUCUGUCAAAGACAGCAACGGUACUUUUGUGAGCACGCUCAGUAUGAUCCUGUACAAUGAUUCAGCAUACAAUCAGCCUCUCUCUAUCCCCAUGGCUGGACUGGCUCUGAAAACCAGAGUAUUUGCUGCUGUGAAAGCCACAAACUUAGACAAACGGUGGAACAUUUUGAUGGACUACUGUUACACAACCCCCUCAGGGAAUCCUAAUGAUGAACUCCGCUAUGACCUUUUCUUUGGUUGCUAUAAAGAUCCCCAGACGACAGUUUUGGAGAACGGGAAGAGCCAGAUGGGCCGUUUUUCCUUUGAGGUUUUCCGUUUUGUUAAACAUAGGCACCAGAAGAUGUCGACUGUGUUUUUGCACUGCGUCACCAAGCUUUGCCGGGCCGAUGACUGCAUCAUGUUAAUGCCUAUCUGUGGGCGGCGGCGCAAAAGGGAAGAGGAGACCCCUGAUUCCAUGGCAGCAGCAUCAGGGAACGCCAUCCUCUCUGCCGGUCCAAUCAUCACCAGGAGUGAUGAAACUCCCGUCAACAACUCCCAGCUCGCCUCUGGAGAUCUCUCCCAUUCAAUGAACCCAGUGACCAGUGCUCUGAUCUCAGGUGUGGUCAUCCUGAGUGUGGUCAGUGUGUGCUUCUUCCUGCUGUUGCUCCGCUUCCUGCUGAAGUGCUCCAUUGAUGAGCUGACUACCACGCUGGAGAAUGAAGAUAGCCAGAAGGCUCGCUUCUGCUUCCCAGUGUUCCACUUCAUUGAGCAACAGAAUGAGACCAUCUCCACCUGCUAUCUGCACUGCACCACCCGACUCUGCGAGUGCACUUCCUGCAGCACCUUCAAGCAAUGCCAGAGGAAGAGGCGGAGCAUGAGGAGCACAGGGAGCACAGUGGUCCAGGAGGGCAUCGCCGAGCCAUUUCAGACGGUGCAUCUAAAAGCGAUCCUCAAAUACGCCACAGAGACAUGA